UUGAACAAACACUGAAGUAGCCCUCGGCGGACACCGACAGGGCUGGUAUCUCCAAAGCCGAGAAGGGCGUGCGGGGCCGACCCAGCGCCGCCGCCGCCGCCGCCGGGAUCUCCCGGUCCCAGCCCAGGGUGUUUUUCUUUCUUUCGCACUCUCCUUUUUGUCUCCCAUAGCUCGGGGAGGAAAUCAUUUCUGAGCUUUGUAACUUUUAAAGCCAUCUUGUUCUUGGGCCAUGUAGUCUGCACAGGACCCGGGAAUCUGAGAAACUGCAGCGGCGCUGUUGUUUAUGGAGCUUUGGGCGGGGGCUGAGCCCGAGGUCUUGCCCCUCGCCAGCCGCCCAAGCCAUGCCACUACGUCUGUCCGCGGAGCGGCGGCCGCCGGGCCUCCGGUGCUGAGCUGGGACCCGCGGGAGGAGGAGGCGCGGGCGGCGGAGCCGGAGCAGGAGCCGCGGCGGCGGCGGGCAGCGCGGGACCCAGUACUAUGGCUGUGUACUGCUAUGCACUCAACAGCCUGGUGAUCAUGAAUAGCGCCAACCCGGUGAAGAGCGGCGGCGCCCCACGGGCCAGCAGCAGCGAGACACCCCCGCCGCCGGGGAGCGCCGUGUUGAGCCCCGGCAGCGUUUUCAGCCCCGGGAGAAGCUCCUCUUUCCUCUUCCCCCCAACCGAGUCGUUGUCGCCCGAGGAUCCCGGGAGCCCCGGGGGCUGGCGGAGUGGCCGGCGCAGGCUGAAUAGCAGCAGCGGCAGUGGCGGCAGCAGCAGCAGCAGUGUGGGCAGCCCGAGUUGGGCAGGUCGCCUGAGAGGGGACGGGCAGCAGGUGGUGACCACCGGUCCCCUUUCCCCUCCAGGGCCGGAGGAGGCCCAGAGGAAGCUGCGGAUCCUGCAGCGCGAGUUGCAGAACGUGCAGGUGAACCAGAAAGUGGGCAUGUUCGAGGCUCACAUCCAGGCGCAGAGUUCCGCCAUUCAAGCGCCCCGCAGCCCGCGUCUGGGCAGGGCGCGUUCGCCCUCCCCGUGUCCCUUCCGCAGCAGCAGUCAGCCCCCAGGAAGGGUCCUGGCUCAGAGCGAGGAACGGAGGACCAAGUCCUGGGGGGAUCAAUGUCCAGAAACCUCAGAGGCCGACUCCCGGAGGAGCGCUGGGGCGUCCCGCCCAAGCCUUUCCAAGGACAAGGAGGGAGUGGCCCCGUUUCCCUGCUUGGACUCCGCGUCGGGAUCAGGGGCUCAGGGUUCAUCCGCUUCCGUGAUAAUUGAGAAGGGGGUCCCAGCCAGACCCCACUGUGGCUCACCCGUAGCUAUGGAAAUUGACAAAAGGGUUUCCCCUCCUUCGGGAACUCUGAGCUGCCAAGCUCCCGCGUCGGGGCUUGCUGGAGAGAACUCCGUGAUGGCCACAGAAGUGGCAGCUAGAGCUGCAUCUGCUGGGACACACCAUCCGCACAACUCUGCCCUCCGUGAGCUGUCUGAGAGGCCCCCGGAGCUCGGGGGUGUACAUCCCCCAGCCCUGCUGGAGAGUCAGGGGCAGUUUCUGGGCAGUGAGACAAGCCCAGCCCCUGAGAAGGGUGGGAAGGGCGAUGCAGAUCCCCCCGGGAAGGUGGGGAAAGGAAAUCGGCCCAGUGGCUUGCAAGACUCCGGGGAGCCCGAAUCAGGUGGAAGGCCAGAGGAGAGGACUGUGGACGCGCAAAGCUCAAAGCCCUCUGAGGCCCCGAGCUGGUUCAGGUCGUCAGGAGACCUGGGCUCUGUAGGGCCCGAGGUGACCCACAGUGUGGCCGCAGUGGUCGAGGAGCUGCCGCAGCGCUCCAACAGAGUGGAUGAAGAAUCUGCCACACGGGGCUUGCAUGGGGGCAGCGCCUCAGCACAGCCAGGUGCAGGGGAGGUGGAGGCGGGAAUUCCUGCUGGCGGCAUGCUGGAACCUUUGCCCUGUUGGGAAGCAACAAACGAUGUGAAAGAACCUCAGUGCCUUCUUGGGGUCCGGGUGGGUGUGCAACCUGGGAGCUCCAGGGCUCGCCUGGACCCCAUGGGGGAAGCCCCUCAGGGCUGGACGUGUGGCACUGGGGUACAAUCCCAGGGGAUCUGGGGAAGCCCACCAAAGGACAGAGCCACCCACCCCAGCCUAGAGCUGCUCUCCCCAGAUCAGGCGGACAAGUCUUUUCCAAGGGAGGCCUGCAGCCCCAGCAACAUACCUGCAGUGAUCAUUACAGACUUGGGCGCCCAGGAGGACGGGGUCUUGGAGGAGACCCAGGGCAGCCCCCUCGGCAGCUUUCCCCUGAGGAAGCUGUCCUCUUCCUCUGCCUCCUCCACUGGCUUCUCCUCCUCCUAUGACGACUCAGAAGAGGACAUCUCCAGUGACCCUGAGCGCUGCCUGGACCCCAACUCUGCCUUGCUCCCUACCCUGGACCAGCAGAAGCCCAGAGUGAGCAAAUCAUGGAGGAAAAUAAAAAACAUGGUGCACUGGUCUCCCUUCGUCAUGUCCUUCAAGAAGAAGUACCCCUGGAUCCAGCUGGCAGGACACGCAGGGAGUUUCAAGGCGGCGGCCAACGGGCGGAUCCUGAAGAAGCACUGUGAGUCGGAGCAGCGCUGCCUGGACCGGCUGAUGGCCGACGUGCUGAAGCCCUACGUGCCGGCCUACCACGGGGACGUGGUGAAGGACGGCGAGCGCUACAACCAGAUGGACGACCUGCUGGCUGACUUCGACUCGCCGUGCGUGAUGGACUGCAAGAUGGGCGUCAGGACCUACCUGGAAGAGGAGCUCACCAAGGCCCGGAAGAAGCCCAGCCUCCGGAAGGACAUGUACCAGAAGAUGAUCGAGGUGGACCCUGAGGCCCCGACCGAGGAGGAGAAGGCCCAGCGGGCCGUGACCAAGCCGCGGUACAUGCAGUGGAGGGAGACCAUCAGCUCCACCGCCACCCUCGGGUUCAGGAUUGAAGGCAUCAAGAAAGAAGAUGGCUCCGUGAACCGAGACUUCAAGAAGACCAAAACGCGGGAGCAGGUCAUCGAGGCCUUCAGAGAGUUCACUAAAGGGAACCAGAACAUCCUGACUGCCUACCGGGACCGGCUGAAGGACAUCCGGGCCACCCUCGAAGUGUCUCCCUUCUUCAAGAGCCACGAGGUCAUCGGCAGCUCGCUCCUCUUCAUCCACGACAAGAAGGAACAGGCCAAGGUGUGGAUGAUCGACUUUGGGAAGACCACGCCCCUGCCGGAGGGCCAGACGCUGCGGCACGACGUCCCCUGGCAGGAAGGCAACCGGGAGGACGGCUACCUCUCGGGCCUGAACAACCUCGUCGACAUCCUGUCCGAAAUGUGCCAAGGCCCGGGCGCCCCCUAGCCUGCGCCGCCUGCGCCCACCUCGCCCUGUUCCCAGCCGCUCCCCUCCCCCUCCUCUUCCCUUCUCCUCCUCCGUUCUUCUUUCUCGUCUGCCUGGGUGCACGCCCCAGAACUGACCCUCCUAAGCUGCACUACAAGACACUUUGUAGAAGAGGAGAUGAGACUUUCUGGUGAUUUUCCUGACCGAAGGGCUUUAGCACUGGGGCUUCUUCCACUUCUCUCUGUAAUAGGGUCUCCUAGAGGAGCAGUGCCCACCCCCUCAGCAGGCUCUGCUGCCUGCCGGGGAGGUUAGUUGGGUUUAGAUCUGGGUGGAGGCGCAGGUGGCCCUGUAGUCCUGCCCCGAGCCUCUGGGUGGGCUCCCUGUGGGGGCCUGCUGCCCCCUGCUGGCCAGUGCUGUCAGCGCCGCUGCCCCGCACAGCCCGUUUCUGCCCUCCCCUCCCAGCCUGGUGAGAGGGGGCGCUGUGUAAGAGCCCACGUUCCAGCAGGUGCCUGGUGCCAGGCUUUCUCGUGGUUAAAGCACAGAAUUCCUGGGCACCGCAUGUAGGCCGCAAGCAGAGCACCCCCUGAUUAGCAGCCCAGGCGGCCCAGGGAUGCGUGCUGGCCUUGAUGGACCUUUUAGUGUCUGGUGUUGGGAACUUCCAGCUUCGGCCCAGACCCGGGAGGGAGCCGGGAGGAGGCCAGAGCCCGCCUGGCUGUGCCCCCUGAUGCUGGCCUCCCCCCGUGGGUGCGGGCGGGAGCCGAGGCCUUUCAUCUUGACCACCGCCCUCAAAUUCAGGGGGCCACUGCAACCCUGAGCUGCCAGGGCCGCAGCCACCGCCCGAGCCACUGUGCCUGCCACGCCCCACCUGGAUCUUGCUAUGACGAGGCCAGGGGGUGGGGGGGGCGGCACGGGGCACAGGCAGCCCCCAGUGUGGGAGAGACAGAGCCUACGUGGGGCACUCUUCUCACGCACCCCACCUCUCCCACCGCCCUGCCGACACUCCGUUGCCCUGCCGGUGGUGCCGGAGGCCCAGGCCCCCUGGCAGGUGCGGGCAGGGCUUCAGGCCGGCGCUUUGCAGGGAGGAAGCGGGGGGCGGGGCUGACUUCCUGGCCCCGGUUUUUCCCCUGAGAUGAGCCUUACGGCCCAAGGGGCUCAGGCCCAUGUUUCCCGACGUAGGGUGGACAGCUUCUGGGGUCCAUGGUGGGCACCGGGGCUCCCCAGGCCUCUCUUCCUGGAGUCUCUGCGUUGUUUGAAGGUUCGAAGUUUCGUGGGGAACCAGUUGUAAGCCUUACUCUCAUUGUAAAGCAAGUAAGUCUGUGUUGUUGAGGAAUGUAGAAUUUGCAUGACUUAAAAGACAGGAUUCCAGCUAUGGCCACUUGGAGCGGUGCCCCCCAGGGCCCCCCCCCCGUUGUUGUCGAAGGAGAUUUGGGGACCAGGUCAGGAAGCAGUUGGGGCCAGUUCCUCCCUAGGGAGCUGCUUCAGGGACACUGUGGAGACAGUGCGUGCCCAGGUGUGUGUGCCUAGGGGGACCAGUCCAGAGAAAGGGCUUCCUAGGCCACCUCCCUGUCACCCCCGGGUCUGGGGGAACUGUCAGCUCGCCCAUGUGACACAUGUGUUUCCCCUUUCAUGCUGGGUGAGUGACGGUUGGUGGGGGCGGAGGGUGGGACACGAGGGUGUGUGAGUUCAGAUUUUUAAAAGGAAAUCACGUUUCAGCUUCCGGGCUCUUGUUCAAAACAGUGGUGACCUCCUGUGCGGGCUGACUUGCUGAAGGUCACAGCCCCGCCCCUGCGGAGCAGGAGAGGCCUUGUGACAGCAUGUGACCCUGGGAGGCAGGAGCGGGGGCCCUGUGUGCACCCGUGGGCUAGAGGGACCCCACCCCGGUGGUUUGUGGGCAGCUCCCUGCAGGGAGCGAUGUCGUCAAUUUAGACGUCAGGGUCCUACAACUGUGGGCUGCCCAAAAGCUGCCUUCCUGCUCUCUGUGGAAACAGUUCGCUAAAGCAAAUGAAUGCUAUGAACAAAAAUGACACGGGACCAGCUUCACCUACUUCCAGAGAACAAACAAGCACUUUAAGCAAGCAACCGUUUGCUUGCAAACAAUGUGCUAAUAAGCAAAUGAUUUGUUUGUUGAAGGAGACCCAUGGGGCUUCCUCCUGGCAGUCCUUUGCUUUGGGGUUGGUUACAUUUAUAUGCGAAAGUGGCAUCUUUUUAGGGUUAUUCUAUUACUUAGGGUUUCAGGUUUUUGUAUUUACUGACCUAGUUCCCUUCUUCCACACCUCCUCUCUCUGCCCUUUUCCCCUUUGACCUUUCACCCUCCUUGUGUGGAUCCUGGAAUGGCAUUUUCUAAGACCCCAGCCGAAGCUGUCCGAAAGGCCUUCCCCACCCAGCCCCCGUCCGGCAGGGCCUCCUAGGAACCCCCCGCCAUGCAGGUUCCGGGAGGGCGGGCAUGUGUACUGCCCCGUCCUUGCGCUGCCCCCCACCACCCGCCCCUGCCACCCGUGCAAUCCCGGUGUUCAGUACUGCUUAGCCCUUGAGGGAGUUUUCUCAACUGCUUGUCCCAGACUUGCCUUUAGUGUCGUGUAAGAGGUUUUUAAGUUAUAUUUAUUUUGUUGGUUUUUUUAAUUGCACAAAACACUAAGACUGAGAGGCUGGAUCCUGUUUCUCCUCUACAGCUCUGCCUUCUUUCCGAACUUCCUGUCCUGUCAGGUGGAAAGAGCCUGGAGGCAGCCUGGUGCCCCCCCCGCCCGUCCCCCCUCCCCAGGUGGACUCUUUCCUCCGUUAGCUGUAUUUAGCUUUGAGUUUUUCGCAUCCAUCCGGCCCAUCCUUGUGUGUACAGAACCCAGGCCCCUUCCCGGGAAGACGCAGAGCGUUCACCUGAGCCAGUGCCUUUCUGUUCCGGAGGGGAGGACUCCCCAGAGGGUCCCCCGCCCUCCGCACUUAUCUCCCCGCGACACCUUGGAGAAAACCGAACUGUUACAAACCCCGCACAGUGCCUGUCAGACUGCAGACGCUCUGUUGCUUCCCAAAUAAAGGCCCUGGAGACCACG